CGGGUCUCCGCCUGUAGGAUGCUGCGCCUGCGGCAGCUGCGCGAGGCGGCCCUGAGGCGGCUGCUCGCGCCCGCCGGGGGCGCCGCCGCCAAGCCCAAGGCCUCCGAGGUGCUGAGCCGCCACCUGCGGCAGCGGGGCCUGCCCCACUGGACCUCGUACUGCGUGAAGUACAGCGCCGUGCGCAACGACCAGUUCGGCCUCUCGCACUUCAACUGGCAGGUGGACGGCGCCAACUACCACGUCCUGCGCACGGGCUGCUUCCCCUUCAUCAAGUACCACUGCUCGCGGGCCCCGCGCCGCGACCUGGCGCUGCAGAACGCCGCCUUCACCGCCCUCAAGCUCCUCAACGCGGGCAUCCCAACUUUAUUAUAUGGAAUUGGCUCCUGGUUUCUUGUUAGUGUCACAGAGACUGUUCACACAAGUUGUGGCCCAGUUACUAUUUAUUUUCUGAAUAAAGAAGAUGAAGGUGCCAUGUACUGAAAUUGUGCAUUCAAGCACUCUCAUUUGGUGGGUUUUCACAGCUUUACAAAAAAUGUUCCUGUUUCAGCAGAGGCAUGAGAUGAAUGUUGGCGUCAAUGAAGAUAAGAUAGCAGCAGCUUUGGAAAAUGAAUGUACUUUUCUACUGUCCUCAAAAGCGUUAGCUCUAAAGACAGUGAUUGAAAUGCUUAUUGCUGAGAAGAAACUUCUGGUUAUUUAAAAAAAAAAAUCGGAUCGGUUAUGAUGUUUGUCAUGUAAUCUGAAGGCAAGGAACACAUUCUCCAAAAGCAUUACACAUAAUUGUAAAUUAUGAGAGUUUUAGACUCCGUGCCUAGGUGUUCAACAAUAUAUAAAUUGUCCUAGUACCUAAUCCGAGUCUUAAGGAAUCUGUAAUAGCACCCUUCUUUUAUCCAGAUGUAUUGAAAUGCUCUUUUAACCUCCACCCCACAAAUUAAAAUCCACAUUAACGGAAUAUGUAGUAUGUGUCAACUGAACAUUCACAUCUAAACAUAUUUUAAAAGAAAACAUCUGAAAACUGGUUCCACCUUUUUCUUUCAAUAUCUGAAUUCACAAUUCUGUUUUCUCUUUGGCUAUAGUUGAUUUAAUCUCUCACAUCUAAAGCAGUCUAAAAGAAGCAGUUCCCCACACUGCUUUACAGGUCUGAGGGCAUUGAUCCCCUUAACAGUGUUUAUUGUGAACAGAGCAAGAGUUGCUAAACACCGCUUUAUCCUCGACAUACGCUCUUGCAAAAUUUUGUAAACCGCUUAGCACGUGGUUGACAAGCCUCUGAAAAGUGGCUCCUGCAUUAAUUAACCCAAAUUGUAACACUUAGAAUUCAUAGUGUCCCAUAUCAGUAAUAAAAGCAGAUAUUUUCUCUGUGCAUUUUUUUCUAAAGGGAUCCACCAAUAAUCUUUUGCGAGAUCAAACAUGCUAAGACAUCUAGGUUUGCUCAAAAUAUCAAACAUAUCAAUUCUGGGCAUAAAAUAAACAUCUGAAACACUUACAGCAUUGAGUUUCCUAUAGUCGACACAAAACCUUACAGUUUUAUCUUGCUAGCACAAUGGAUGAGGUUUGGCCUGAGAGAGCCUUGAGGAGUUUGCUGGUGAGGAAGAUAGACUGGUAUGGCUGGGGUCUGACAGGUCUGAUCAUCAGCAAAAUUCACUCUUGCUGAGGGCAAGGGGUGGCACACAGUGGCUCACAGCUCUAGGUAUCCCCAGCAGCAUGUUACAACAUGCAAAAGACUUUUUAAAGGAUAAAAUCAGUAAUAUGACCAAUAUAAUUAACUGAUGCAAAAUACAACAUACAUAUUCUUAUUGAAAAUUAUUUGUAAGCAGUGAACUGUUCCAUGCUUUAUGAAAGAAGUGUGUCUCCUUGUCUAAAAGCAACACUAAAUAAAACUUUAGUCAAAGGAGCACUUACUCCAGUAUAUUUAGUACUGAAGAAUAUUCUUGACACAAGUUGAAUAAAUAGCUUUCACAGAAGAAGAGACAGUGUUACAUUAAGCUUCAUUAAUAAUAAAACUCACUAUUAGCAUUUUGCUAGAAUCGCUAGAACUGAUUUCCUUUGUAAUGAGCAAAAGUUAAAUAACUACAGCUCAUAAGUUUGAAGUCAAAUACUGCUCAUUCAUUGCUACUGAUCUUGUCAAUACUUUGCGGUAAAGGUUUGGUCUCAACAGGAGGCUGAUGAAAUGGUUUUUAAUUACCAGACUAUAAAUACAGCUUUUCAUUGGAGUUGCACCUCCAUUCACUGCAGCUUGUUUGAUUUCUGAUAAUGUGUACUGCUGACUUUGCUUACCUGUUUUUCAAUAAAUGCAGGCAACGUGACUCCUUGUCCAUACAGUGAUGGGCAAGUCUCCUUAGAGAACAUCUUUGACAAACUACCCUAUUGAUCACUGCAAUUCUGUGCUGCUAGCAGCAUUAAAUAGAGACUUGAUUUCUUGUUCAAUGCUCUCACUGUGUAACAAUUAAGCAAAUGUAAUAUUUUCUUGUAUUACAUGAAAAUCAAUAGACCUCUUGCUCUUGUGGAGUUGAUCAUGGUGAAGGAUGAACUGGAAGAUGGCUGAGGGCAAAGUUCAAAUAUAAUAUCAUUCAUUGGAUUCAUUAAGACUUGUUGUGUAAGAGCUGUUGGAGUACUUAGAGGAAAAUAUGCUAUUCAUAAAGGGUAGUGCUUUCGUUUACACAAAAUGUUUGAGACAUUUAUUAAGUAAUGGUGAAUAACUAUUUUAAUUGGCUUUAAUCAAAAGUGAAAGAUUAAAUCUGUCUCUCAUUCUCUUUCUUUGCAUAAAUUCUCUUUCUUUAUUUGUGGGGUUCUUUUGGUCAGUCUAUGACCAAGAUUUAUUCUUUAAUCAUGGUCUGAGUUAAAAAUGAAAACACUGUUGAGGGACAAGCUAUGUCCCAAGAGUGCUCCCCAUCUGGAAAGGCUGGUGACCUUGGUGAUGACUUUGGGUAUGGUUCCGAAGCUCUCUUGUGCAGUCCUGCCCAUGAAAUGAUCUUUAUUAAGAGACUAGAAAUCAUAGAAACGGCAGGUCAGGAUGGAUGGAUAAUACUGAAUUCUAUGACAUCUUGGCAUUGGCAUCUUAUCAAACCUUUGCUUCAUUUGAUGGAAAACCAUCAAUUUAGAUACUUGUCUAGUUCCCAUCACCAUCAGUUCUGGUUCUUGAAUCUAAGUCAGCUCCUACAUAGACAAUCAUCUGAGAAGGAACCAGGGAGUUAUAUUGUAAGGCUAUUGCAAACCCAUGUGCCUGAAACAUGGGGAAGAACCUCUGGGUUGUUUCCUAUAAGGGACCUUUGUAGUCCAUAGGGCUAACUUGCCUUUAUUAUAUUCACUGCCUUGCCUUCUUGUAUAGAACUAUAUAGUGAUUUUAAUAUUUGGCCUGUUAACCCUCAAAGUGAUAACUGGGAAUUCUUAAGUAAUCAAUAUAAUUAAUACAUAAUCUAUAGAUCGGGUUACAUCUUAGGGACAAGGUUCUGAUGAGUGUGUCAUCUAAAAGUGGGCAUAGAUGAAUUCUUAGACUCUAGCUUGGUUGCUAUCACUACCUAUCCCUUUGGGAAUAUUCUGGUGUAGUAAACAGACUGGAAGAUGUGUUGUAUUGGUGUUGAAGACAGGUGAAUUCAUGAAAUUGCUCAUGACAGAGCCUGAUGGAAACAUGCAGAGCAGCUUUUUUCAGGUCACUGAUUUCAGAAGCUCUACUGAGAGUGAAAUCUAGAGUCUCCACUCAGAAUUUUGUCUUCCUCAUCUAGCUGUUUGAGCAAUUGAGGUCUAAAAUGGCCCUAAGUCCUCCAAACCAUUUUUCCUUACUAUAGUGUGGUGAACGGCUCUUGUCUUGAAAGACCAGUGAAAUCUCUUUCAGGAUAAUUUGAAGUUUCUUGGCAUCUCCUGAUAUUGGAUAGGGCAUGAAGAAAGGAUGUAGAUUAGCCUGCCAGUCCAGAGAAUAUCCAAGGUGCACUGUUUCCAGGAUUCAUCUGUCUAAAGUUGACUGGGUCCAUAUGCAUGAGAAGGGCAAUAUUGAUAUUGGUAUUAUGGCGGGCCAAUGGGUUGGGAAUGCUAUCUACUAUGGAACUGAUCCAAAACUCAUUGAAGCAAAUGGGUGUCUGUUGAUUUCAAUAGGCUAAAGACCUGCCCUGGAGAGCUAGAGGGCUCUGAUCUAAUUAACAUGGCGAAUAUGGCUGCUGCAUUCCUUCCUUCCCAUGCGGUGGUGUUGGGCACUUGCUUGCUGUCCUGAAGGGUGCUCCAAUGUUGAGUUCAAUUUGCCUCCUCUCCUUUUCAAUGUAUUUAUGGGCCUGUGGGAAGGUCAGUGAGGAGGCACAGUGCUGUUGUGCUUUUAGUAUGCUGAUGACACAGAGUACUACAUCUCACCCAACCCAGUAAGUGCAGUCAAAUGUUCUACCUAGUGUGUUGUUGAGAUUUGAGCAUAGAUAUUAGCUGGUUGAAACCCAGUCCAGAUAAGACAGAGGGGACGAUGGUAAAUUGGAGGCAGCACCUAGAAGAUGUGGUGAGUAUUAUAGCUGACCCUCUUAAUAAGAGUGAGUGACCUCCAUUUAUUAGUUUGCAGUUUGGGGAUAUUAGAAGAUCCGAAGUUGCUGUUAGAAAGGCAUGCAGCAGUAGCUUGUAGGAAGGCCUUUUUAUGUGGCUCUGGCUAGGGUUUGACUUAAUCUUUGGUUAAUUAAUUUUUGAUUUGGGAGCAAGGUGGAGAUGCUUUAAUUUUUUAUGCGACUGUUUUUAAUUGACAGGCUACUUUUUGUACCUCCUAAAUUAUAUGUGUACAGGCAUACAUAUGUUUAUAUAUCAAUACUUUGUCACAGAUGAUUAAAAUACAAAAUUACCCUUCA